CAUGUCGGUGGCGGGGCUCAAGAAGCAGUUCUACAAGGCGAGCCAGCUGGUCAGCGAGAAGGUUGGAGGGGCUGAAGGGACCAAGCUCGACGAUGACUUCAAGGAAAUGGAAAAGAAAGUGGAUCUGACCAGCAAGGCAGUAACAGAAGUAUUGACCAGGACAAUAGAGUACCUGCAGCCUAACCCAGCUUCCAGAGCCAAGCUGACCAUGCUGAACACGAUGUCGAAGAUCCGCGGGCAGGUGAAGAACCCCGGCUACCCGCAGUCGGAAGGGCUGCUGGGCGAGAGCAUGAUCCGCUACGGCAAGGAGCUGGGCGACGACUCCAACUUCGGUGAUGCGCUUCUCGAUGCUGGCGAAUCUAUGAAACGGCUGGCUGAAGUGAAGGACUCGCUGGAUAUUGAAGUCAAACAAAAUUUUAUUGAUCCCCUCCAGAACCUGUGUGACAAGGACCUGAAAGAAAUCCAGCACCAUCUCAAGAAGCUGGAAGGCCGACGCUUGGACUUCGACUACAAGAAGAAGCGACAGGGGAAGAUCCCUGAUGAGGAACUUCGACAGGCCAUGGAGAAAUUUGAAGAGUCCAAGGAAGUAGCUGAGACCAGCAUGCACAACCUCCUAGAAACUGAUAUCGAGCAGGUGAGCCAGCUCUCGGCGCUGGUGGACGCUCAGCUGGACUACCACCGGCAGGCCGUGCAGAUCCUGGACGAGCUCGCGGACAAGCUCAAGCGCAGGAUGAGGGAGGCCUCCUCGCGCCCCAAGCGRGAGUACAAGCCCAAGCCCAGGGAGACGUAUGAUUUUGGAGAAAGCGACCAGUCCAACGGGGGCUUCUCUUGCAAUCCUACCCCCAAAGUCUCAGCUUCCUCCUCUUUCCGAUCCGACAAGCCGUCCCGCGCCUCCGUCAGGAGUAUCCCUCCCCUGGACCAGCCCUGCUGCAAGGCGCUCUACGACUUCGAGCCCGAGAACGACGGCGAGCUGGGCUUCAAGGAGGGCGACAUCAUCACCCUCACCAACCAGAUCGACGAAAACUGGUACGAGGGCAUGAUCAACGGCCAGUCGGGCUUCUUCCCGCUCAACUACGUGGAAGUGCUGGUUCCGCUACCUCAGUGAGACGGCGUCGCCCGCGGCCCCGCACCGGCCUCCAUUCCACGGCUCUCCUGCCGCUCGGGGCGGCUCGGGGCGAACCUGCCAGCAGGGAACAAGCCAGAAGGGUCGAACGCCCUCCGCGACCCCGUGCAUUUGGUUUAUUUUAUUUUUUUGUUCUUUUCUUUUUUGAUUUUUGUCCUUCUGGUGCUUGAACUUAGGUACUUUACGGGCCCCACCAGGUUCCUCCCGGUCUGUAGCCGCGCCGCAGGUCUCUCCUUGUCCCGUUUUUCCGUCUCUGCUCUGGGCCAGGCAUGCGGAUGAGCCGGGCUCCGGCC